GUUUGUGGCUGCCCCGUGUCAGAGUUGCACUCCCAAUGGCCUUACAUUGUAACCCAGCUCAGCGCUGCGCUUGCAGCCGCGAAACGGAGAUAUUCCCGUGUUCCAGUGUGGGAUUCUUUUCCCAAUGGGUCGCCAUCGCUCCUCGGCUCCGCUGCAGGUCUUGCUCUUCCUCAACGGCUGGUACUGCGCCACAUAUUUUCUCCUGGAAGCGUUCGUGUUCGUGUACAAAGGGCUGCUCCUGCCCUAUCCCGUCUCCAACUUGGUGCUGGAUGUGGUGCUGCUCCUCCUCUACCUCGGCAUUGAGGCCACACGCAUCUUCUUCGGCUCCAAGGGGAACCUGUGCCAGCGGAAGGUGCCGCUGUCCCUCAGCCUGGCACUUACAGUGCCGGCAGCUGUGCUGGCUGUGUACUACCUGCUGAUCCAGACGUAUUCCCUGCGCCUGGAAGCAUUCCUGAGUGCCAUCCUGCUCCUCUUCUACAGCCUGGAGCUGUUCCUGGGCUUCCUGGCGCUGCUCUCCUUCUCCAGUGCGGAUCCCUACUGAGGACAUGGCACAGGGACACAGGGAAGCAUCACCCGUGCCAGCUCCACUUCUCAGUCCCGGGAAAGAGGAGGGCUCCACCUUUCCCACUGCCCAUUUCACCUUGUGCCACCUGGACACAUCCAUCCCACCUCUGUCGCUUCUAUGUGGACACAUCCCUCCCCUUUUUCUUG